AAGGACUGAGACUGAGACCCUUAAAAUUCUAUCCCAGGGCGCUGGGCUGACUGGAGCGGGCUGUCUGCCCAGUGCUGCCUGCAGGAUUUCCCAUUGCCAACCCCUGGGAGGCUGCGAGGAAGAGGAAGAUGCCCCGGGACACUGAGGCAGAGCAGGAGCUGAGCAUGGAGAGCAGGGAGGACAAAUGCCCGCGGCAGAACCUGGUGGAAGAGGCCGUUUUGAGCGGCUCCACGGCGCAGGAAGCCAACGGGGAGGAAAAGGCCCGGAGAUGCCGCACGAGGAGGGGCUGCAAACGCAGCUGGCGGGGAUGUGAGGGGGAAAGAGCCAGCCUGGGCCGGGAAGGCGGCCGGAGAUGGAGCCAGAGCUCGGAGCUGGUGCUCCAUGAGCAGCUCCAUGAUGGGGAGAAGCCCCACACGUGUGGGGAGUGUGGGAAGAGCUUCAGGAGGAACUCCAACCUGAUUGUGCACCAGAGGAUCCACACUGGAGAGAAGCCCUAUGAGUGUGGGGAGUGUGGGAAGAGCUUCAGCAUGAGGUCCAGCCUGAUCAGGCACCAGAGGACCCACACUGGGGAGAGGCCCUAUGAGUGUGGGGAGUGUGGGAAGAGUUUCAGCCAGAGCUCCAACCUGAUCAGGCACCAGAGGAGCCACACUGGAGAGAAGCCCUACGAGUGUUCCAAGUGUGGGAAGAGGUUUCAGACCAGCUCUGGUCUCCUCAAGCACUUUCCGAGUCACACAGAGGAGAGGCCCUUCCAAUGCCCUGAGUGUGGGAAGGGAUUCAAGCAGAACUCCACCCUCGUCACCCACCGGCGCAUCCACACAGGGGAGAGGCGCUAUGAGUGUGAUAAAUGCAGGAAGAGGUUUCACACCAGCGGCAAUCUCCUCCAGCACUAUCGGAGUCACACAGAGGAGAGGCCCUUCCAAUGCCCUGACUGUGGGAAGGGAUUCCAGCACAACUCCAUCCUCGUCAAGCACCGCCGCAUCCACACCGGGGAGAGGCCCUACGAGUGUGAUAAAUGCAGGAAGAGGUUUCUGACCAGCACCUGUCUCCUCCGGCACUAUCGGAUUCACACAGAGGAGAGGCCCUUCCAAUGCCCUGACUGUGGGAAGGGAUUCAAGCACAACUCCAUCCCA